AUGGCGCUGAGUUCGAAGAAGUUGAUCGAGAUCCCUAUCCCUUCCCCUUCUCUAACAACAACAAAAGCCCAUCAGUACUUACUACCCAAAACUCGUCGUAACCUUAGUUUUAAAUACAACUCUUAUUCUUCUACUUCUUUACCGUCCCUUAGUUUUUUUAGAUCCAAUUCUUCUUCUUCUUCUUCUCUGCUAUCGACAUUCAGAUGCAAUUCUUGUCGGCCAUCAUCAUCAUCAUCAAAGAAAAUUUUGAAAAUUGAGCCGGAACCAAUUUUCUCCUCUGUGAAAACCUUUGCACCGGCGACGAUAGCUGACGUGGGUCCCCCGGCGACGUGGGAAGGUAUUAUCAUUUGUGAUAUUAUCAAUUGCGCGGUCGAUGGCAUUGGCAAUUAUGUUACCGUGGAAAUCGAUGACGACGUUCCUCCUUCUCACGUAAAAAUCAAAUCCGUUGAAAGCGAGGUCGACUCGCUAUGGAAUUACGACACGCUCGACCCUUCCCUAAAUUCCGCCGGAAUAGCAGCAAUAACCGUCAUGAAAAGACUGGGAAUCGCAUCCGUCGGUAUUUCGCUCACUCUCGAAAAGGGAUUAUCACCGUUAGGGCAAAUUGGAUGUAGCGCUGCUAAUGCUGCUGCUGCUGCUGUUGCUGUUAAUGAGAUUUUUGGCAGGAAAUUGUCCAUCGUAGAUUUAAUCCGAGAAUGUCGAUUCACUGUAUCUGAAUGGUAUAAAGAUUGUCACAUCGAAAAUUUAACGACAGCAUUCAUGGGAGGAUUUGUUCUGAUCAACAGCUAUGAACGUCUUGAAAUAGUUCCUCUUGAAUUUCCUUCUGAGAAGAAAUUGUUUUUCAUUCUAGUAAAACCAGAAAUCGAAACUCAGAAAUGGACAACUACUGUUUUGAAAAGGGAUGAUUACUAUUUAUGUAGUAGUGUGGCAUCUCAGAUGAAUAGACCACCUGGAAUACAUAGUAAGGAGAGGGAGAAGCGUCAGCCAUUGAUUCAUGAUCUUGUAGUGAUGAAGAAAGCUGCGGGAGAAUUCGGGUGUAAAAUAUUUAUGGGUAAUAUGGAAAAUCGCUCGGCGAAGGUGGUGGCAUUUAAGAAAGGAGUAUUCGGUUGUAAGUGGAUUGGAAAUAGGGUUAUUGCAGUCACUGAUGAGGAGGAGGAGGAAUGUAAGGAGAUUGGAAAUCAAAUGGUGGAAGCUUUCCUCAAACAUGGAGGUGUGAAAGCGUCUGCAGUUGUUCACAGUCUUGAUCGGGUUGGUGCCAGGGUUAUUUCUUCACAGCCCCGUACGUAUUAA